GCUGCAGAGAGAGCAGAAGGAAAGGAGGAGAGUAUAGAAGUAGUGAGCGAGCACUGAACAGUCAGUAAAACCCCUCAGCCAGAGAGAGAGAGAGAGAGGGGCACACUGAACUCAACUGAACUCAACAAUCAAAACGACGAACGACGACGUUUUCACUCUCCUCUCUGAUUCUACAAAUCAAACAAACGACGUUCGUUCGCGAUUUGAUUUGAUUUGAUUCCGAAUUUCUGCAUCAUCACAUCAUUCCAAGUUGAAUCUCGAUUAAUUAAUUAGGUUUUAGCAUUCACCGAAGAAGAAGAGAAGAUGCAAGGUUUUACUCCAAAUACCGAUUUCUCCGAACUUCACUCUACCAUGCGAGCCAUCGAGUUAGCUAGCAACUCCAUUCAGAUGCAAAUCAGUCCAGCAGCUUCCGAAGCUAUUAUAUUGUCAUUAGGCCAAUCUUCUCAACCAUAUAAGACUUGUCAGUUCAUUCUUGAAAAUUCCUUGGUGGCAACUGCAAGAUUUCAAGCUGCUGCAGCAAUCAGAGAAGCUGCGAUCAGAGAAUGGGGUUUUCUCAAUGCUGAUGACAAAAGAAGCUUGAUUAGUUUUUGUCUUUGCUAUGCAAUGCAACAUGCUAGUUCACCCGAUAGUUAUGUCCAAGCCAAAGUUUCUUCUGUGGCUGCUCAAUUGAUGAAAAGGGGUUGGCUUGAGGUAGUAGCUGCGGAGAAGGAAACACUCUUUUAUCAGGUGAACCAGGCAAUUUUGGGCAUUCAUGGAGUAGAUGUGCAGUUUGCUGGAAUCAAAUUUCUUGAAUCAUUGGUAUCUGAGUUUUCUCCUUCUACUUCAAGUGCUAUGGGCCUUCCAAGGGAAUUUCAUGAACAGUGUAGGAGAUCCCUUGAGCGAGACUACAUGAAGACAUUCUACCAAUGGACCCAAGAAGCUGCUUCCAGUGUUACAAAUAGGAUUAUUGAAUCUGACUCUGUUGUACCUGAGGUUAAAGUUUGUACCGCUGCACUGGAUCUCAUGCUUCAAAUCCUGAAUUGGGAUUUUCGUAGCAAUACCAGUGACACAAAAAUAAAUGUUUUCUCUGCUGGAGUUGGGCAAGAUGGGGAUUCUUUCAGAAGGCCUGAAUGUCACCUUGUUCAGCCUGGUUCAGAUUGGCGUGAUGUGUUGAUAUUGAGUGGUCAUGUUGGAUGGCUUUUGAGUUUAUAUGCUGCAUUGAGGCCGAAGUUCACAUAUGAAGGCUACUGGCUUGACUGCCCUAUUGCAGUCUCUGCUCGAAAGCUAAUUGUACAAUUUUGCUCUCUGACAGGAACUGUAUUUCUUUCUGAUGAUGGGAAAAUGCAUGAAAGGCAUCUCCUGCAACUCCUUUCUGGGAUACUAGAGUGGGUAGACCCUCCUGAUGCUGUUUCAAAAGCUAUUGAAAAUGGGAAAAGUGAUAGUGAGAUGAUUGAUGGUUGUCGUGCAAUAUUAGCUAUUGCAAAUGUAACAACUCCUUGUGUGUUUGACAAUCUCCUAAAAUCUAUGAGGGCUAUUGGUACUCUUACCUUUUUGUCAAUGUGGAUGUCUGAAGUUAUUAAAGUCCUCAUAACUCGCAAUACAGAAGACGGGACUUGGAGCUGGGAAGCUCGUGAUAUCUUACUGGAUACUUGGACUGCCCUUCUAAUGCCAAUAAAUACCAUAACUGUGAAUGAUUUGCUUCCAUCGGAAGGGAUAAAAGCUGCUGCGAAUCUCUUUGGUUUCAUUGUAGAAUGCGAGCUAAGAAUGGCCUCUGCAUCAGCAUUUAAUGAUGAGGGUGAUUCAGAUUAUCUUCGUGCUUCAAUAUCUGCCAUGGAUGAAAGGUUAAGCUCAUAUGCGCUUAUUGCAAGAGCUUCUAUUGAUGUUACAAUCCCUUUGCUCACACACGUGUUUUCAGAGCGAGUCACACGCCUUAAUCAGGGAAGGGGCAUUAUUGACUUGACUGAAACUAUGGAAGAACUUUAUUCAUUGAUGCUCAUAAUUGGCCACGUAAUUGCAGAUGAAGGGGAGGGGGAAAUGCCACUGGUUCCUAAUGCCAUACAAACUCAAUUUGUUGUUAAUUCUGUGGAAGCAGAUAAACAUCCUGUUAUUUUACUUUCCAGUACAAUCAUAAAAUUUGCUGAGCAGUGCCUAAAUCCAGAAAUGAGAGACUCAGUUUUUAGUCCCCGGCUUAUGGAGUCAAUUAUAUGGUUCCUUGCAAGGUGGUCUAGCACAUAUCUAAUGUCUUCCGAUGGGAUUGGAGAGAAAAUAUUAGAUUCAGGUCAUCAUUAUGAGCAUAGUUCAAAAAAGGUGUUGCUUAGUUUCUUUGGAGAGCAUAACCAAGGGAGAGUUAUUCUUGAUAUUAUUGUUCGUAUAUCUUUGAUUACACUGACAUCAUAUCCAGGGGAAAAGGAUUUGCAGGGCCUCACAUGUUAUAUGUUACUUCAUUCACUGGUGCAACAGAGGCAUAUAUGUGUUCAACUUGUUGCCCUGAAUUCAUGGCAUGAACUGGCGAAUGCAUUUUCUACUGAAAAGACUUUAUUCUUGUUGGACAUUUCUCAUCAGAGAUCUCUUGCACAAACACUUGUUCGAUCAGCUUCAGGUGUGAGAAAUUCAGAAGAGUCGAGUCAGUAUGUAAGGAAUCUCAUGGGUCAUAUUGCAACAUAUAUAGUGGAGAUGUCUAGCAAGAGUAAUCUUAAAAACGUUGCCCAACAACCAGAUAUCCUCCUGUCGGUCAGCUGCAUGUUAGAACGGCUACGUGGAGCUGCAAGUGCUUCUGAACCUCGAACACAGAAAGCUAUAUAUGAGCUAGGAUUCUCUGUAAUGAAUCCCAUACUAGUUUUGCUUGAAGUAUAUAAACAUGAGUCUGCAGUUGUCUACCUGCUACUAAAAUUUGUAGUCGAUUGGGUUGAUGGACAAAUUACAUACUUGGAGGCCCAAGAAACUGCUGCCGUUGUUAAUUUCUGCAUGCGUUUGCUUCAGCUGUAUUCAUCUCACAAUAUUGGCAAGAUAUCGCUAAGUCUUUCAAGCAGCUUACUUAGUGAGGCACAAACAGACAAGUAUAAAGAUUUGCGUGCGCUUCUUCAACUUCUUUCAAGUCUUUGUUCUAAAGACAUGAUUGAUUUCUCGUCAGAUUCAAUUGAGGCCCAAGGCACUAACAUAUCUCAGGUGGUUUACUUUGGACUUCACAUAGUCACACCGCUGAUUUCUAUGGACCUUUUGAAAUAUCCCAAACUUUGUCAUGAUUAUUUUUCUCUCCUGUCACAUUUGUUGGAGGUUUAUCCAGAAACAUUUGCACAACUAAAUAGUGAAGCCUUUAAUCAUAUACUCGGAACUCUUGAUUUUGGUCUCCACCAUCAGGAUGUAGAUGUGGUUAGUAAGUGUCUCAGAGCUCUGCAAGCUCUUGCUUCUUACCACUACAAAGAGACUGGUAAUGGUAAUAUUGGCUUGGGUGCGCAUGCAAUGGGUCUUAAGGAUUCAAGUGGGGAGGUUCAGGAAGGCCUUUUGAGCCGCUUUCUUCGUUCAUUGCUGCAGUUACUCUUUUUUGAAGAUUACAGUUCUGAUCUAAUCAGUGUUGCAGCAGAUGCUCUCCUUCCCCUAAUCCUUUGUGAAAAAGGCUUGUAUCAGAGAUUGGGCAAUGAAUUGAUAGAGAGACAAGCAAAUCCAAAUCUCAGAUCAAGGCUGGUAAAUGCGUUGCAGUCUCUUACCAGUGCAAAUCAGCUUUCUUUCUCCCUUGAUCGAAUAAAUUACCAAAGAUUUAGAAAAAAUCUGAAUAACUUCCUUGUUGAAGUUCGUGGGUUUUUAAAGACCGUGUGAAUAUUUAUGUGACUUAAAUUGUAUAAAGCUUCGAAAGAAGAGCUGACCUCACUACUUGAACCAGCCGCUGGAGAAGAAGAAAUAGAGGCAAGCAAAUUUUUUGGCAUUACAGAAAACAUUCAACGCUAUGCUAGGCCUUCUUGGAUUUACAGAUCACUCAGGUUGUAUGCAAAAGCUUUUCAUUGGUUAGUCAUAGACUUGAGAAAAGCAUAAAACCUAUCUGAAGAUCCAAGGAGCAAUUUAGUGACAAAGUGGUUGUCAAGUAAAAUUCUUUUCUUCAAACUGCAUUUUGGGCAGAUGUAUAUUUUCCUUAUUCUGAAAAGUGUAUGUUUCAUAUUUAUGCUCUAUUGUACAAGCAGACAAUAUGUUAGAGAUAUUGUACCAUUUCUAAGCUUGUGCAGACUUAAGGUUAUAGGAAACUUGAUUCUUGAAAGUAUCAGAAUGCUAAAUGAGUUAUUUUAUCCUCUUUUUUUU